AUGAAGCCAACCAAGAACCAGAUCCGACGUGCGCGCAAGAAGGCGCUGAAGAAGGAGGCUGCCACUGCUCCCAGUGACGAUGUUCAACAGAUAGAAUCCAAGGCUCCUUCGCCUCCUCCGAUUACCCAAGAUACACUUGAAGACUCUGAUUCUUUAAUGGCUGAUAAUCCACUAUGGGACAUGUACCAAGGCAUUGUCGCUAGAUUCGAGAACACAGCUGCUGAACAUGGAAGCGCAAAGGAAGCUGAAAAACCGCAGGUCUUCUUCGACGACGCGGAUGACAUACCUGAUGAGGAUGAAGAGGCCGAGCCGAGAAUGUCAAAAAAGAAGCGUAAAGAGAUGACCCAACUUUCCGUGGCCGAGCUGAAAGCUGUGGCUCCCAAACCCGACAUUGUUGAAUGGACGGACACAUCUGCCAGUGACCCUCGACUUCUGAUUCACAUCAAGGCCCAUCGUAAUGUCGUUCCCGUUCCCCAACACUGGUCACUUAAGAGGGAGUAUCUAUCAUCGAAGCGCGGAGUUGAGAAAGCGCCGUUCGCACUGCCUAAAUUUAUCCAGGAGACAGGAAUCUCCGCAAUGCGAGAUGCUGCAUUAGAGAAGCAGGAGGCGUCGUCUUUGAAGCAAAAGCAAAGAGAGAGAGUUCAACCGAAGAUGGGAAAGUUGGAUAUCGACUAUCAGAAGCUAUACGAGGCGUUUUUCCGGUUUCAAACCAAACCUGAGCUUACUCGCUACGGUGAAAUUUAUUUUGAGGGCAAGGAAUACGAGACCAAUCUUAAGCAUCUUCGUCCUGGCGAGUUGAGCGCGGAAUUGAUGGAAGCUCUCGGCAUGUCACCCUCAUCCCCUCCCCCGUGGCUCAUCAACCAGCAACGCUUUGGAAUUCCACCCUCGUAUCCUGCCUUGAAGAUUCCUGGCAUCAAUGCCCCUCUCCCCGAAGGCGCAAUCUGGGGCUACGCCCCUGGCGCAUAUGGCAAACCUCCUGUCGAUGAGCACAAUAGGCCGUUAUACGGCGGAGACAUUUUCGGUAUGAAAGAAGGCCGUGGAACUAUUCCGCAAGGAGAACCAGUUGAAAGGGAUCUUUGGGGUGAAUUGCAACCAGAUGAGGAAUCCGAAGAAGAAAGUGAGGAGGACGACGAUGAAGAAGACGAGGAUGAGGAAGAACAAGAAGAGGAGGCGAAGGAGGAGCGUGGAGAUCGCUUUGGUUUGGAAUUACCAGCCGAAGCUGUAAGAGCUGAGGAUAUUUCCGGCGACUAUAAUGUCUCAGGAAAGAAUUCAAAGAGUUCUGUCUUCGAAAAUCGUUCUGGUCCAAUAGAGGUCGAGGAUUCCCAUGGUCGUACUGCUCACCAAAUCAUCCCAGAGAAGCACACCAGUAUCCAAGGAUUCUUUGGUGGUGACCGCGUCUAUGAUCUCAGCACCGCGUCGGCCAGAAAUGUUCCUGUGCUCGGAGCAGAAGACGAAAGUCGCAAACGCAAGAAGCCUGGCGAUGUGGAUGUGUCAGUGGACCUUGAUGCAAACGAUCUUAGCAAAGACAAUCUUCAGAACAUGUACGAUACCCAGCGACAACAGGAAAACAACCCAGAAUGGGGAGGAUUCCAAGAGGAUCUUAGCGAUAUGAUUGCCCAGGAGAGUCGCAAGCGGGCACGCAAAGCUGAAGAGCGACGAGGCAAGCGCUAA